CAGUUCUUUCUUUGCAGUGAAUCUAUCGGCAGUCUUGAUCCGCGUUCCCGGGAUCAGGAUCUGUGACAAUCCGCGAGUGUGCGUGUGUACUAUUGGUGUAUAGGCUUUCUGAAUAGAAGCAGUUUACCACACAAGGAAACCUCAAGGAUAUUUCAUCUCAACAAAAAGAAACCGCUUCACUAACCAUGUUCAGAUUUAUUGUGGUAUCAACAUUGCUGGUAGCGGCAAGCGCCCAGUACAAUGGAUAUAACCGUGACCCCAAGACAGUUGCGAUCGUCAGCGAGCAGCGAUACUUAGCCGGUGAUGGCCAAUUCGGUGCAGCUUACGAUCAGGAAGACGGAACCAACUUCAAGGAGGAAACGGAUGCUGAUGGCAACCGCCGAGGAUCCUACAGCUACGUUGAUCCAUCAGGUCAAAGAAGAACCAUCUCCUAUGUUGCUGGCAAAAAUGGAUUCCAAGCUUCGGGAGAUCAUUUGCCUGUAGCACCAGCUGGUCCACCAGCGCCUGCUCAUGCUGCUCCUCAAUCACAGUACCAACCUCAGUACCAGCAACCAGCUCAGCCUCAGUACCAGCAGCAAGCUCAGCCUCAGUACCAGCAACCAGCUCAGCCUCAGUAUCAAGCUAACUUUGAUCAUCAGGGCCGCAGCUACGACAACCAAGGCUAUGAAGAUGGACAGUACGACCCACGCUGGAACGAUCCCUCAUUCAGCCAGCAACACUCCCGUGGUGCCCCAGCUCCCGUAGUAACACCUGCACCCGCCCAAAACUAUCAUCACCAGCCAGCUCCUCCAGCUCAGAAUUAUCACCGCUCGCAGCCAGCCCCAGCUCCAGUGGCUCAGAACUACCACCAAGCUGCCCCUCAGCCACAGCAGGAAUGGACCACUCAGGCUCCACACCGAUUCCAGCCUCCAGGCAAAUUGCAAUUGAACAGAACUCCUGAUGGUUUUAGCUACACUUUCAAUAAGGUUUAAUUCCUCAUCCUAAAAGCAAGUCAAAGAGAGUGUGAGCGAGUAUGCGAGAGAAUGCGUGCAACUACAGAACGAUUAAAGAUUCCCAAAGCCCCUUUCACUUGAAACCUGCAAGAUCCUAUUUCCUAUUCAGACCCGUGCGAGUUCUGUUCAACUGUUUGUUUAUGUAGUCGAGUAAGAGUUACUGCUUGUUGUGAUAUAUUUUCGUAGGAGACACUUAACUGAUGAAUAGCAUCUACACUACGCUAUAGUUAGAUCUUAUUUACAGAAACCUUAUUACACUUUUCUCUCAAGCAAAUCAAUCAAUCGGAACAAAGUAAUUGUAAUCAGUCUGAAACAAAUGAAAAAAGAUUCAAAAACACUA